AUGGGAUUCGGAUACAAGAAGGUGCUCCUCAUCGGCGCCACUUCUGGCAUUGGCGCUGGGCUUGGCGACAAGUUCGUGCAAGAGGGCGUCAAGGUGGUGGCGGUUGGGCGCAGGAAGGAGAACCUCGAUGCUUUCGUAGCGAAGCACGGCAGCGAGAAGGCGGCGUCGGUGGUUUUCGACAUCACGGAUCUCGCGGGUAUCCCCAAGUUCGUCGACGAAGUGACGGCGGCGCACCCGGACAUUGACAGCGUCUUCUUGAACUCGGGAAUCCAGCGUGGCAUGAACUUCACCAAGGCGGAGAAGGUCGACCUGAAGACGUUCGACGUCGAGGUGACGACCAACUACACGUCCUUCGUCCACCUGACGACGUACCUGCUGCCCUUCCUGCAGAAGCAGAGCAACCCGACCAGCAUCAUCUACACGACGUCCGGGCUGGCGCUGGCGCCCAUCAACUUCUGCCCCAACUACUGCGCGACCAAGGCGGCGCUGCACCACUUUGUGCUGGUGCUGCGUGAGCAGAUGAAGGACGGCGGCUUCGACAAGCUCAAGGUCAUCGAGGUCUUCCCGCCGGCGGUGCAGACGGAGCUGCACGACGCCGACAAGCAGCCGUACAUCGAGAACGGACGUCAGCUGGGCCUGCCGCUGGCCGACUUCAUCGCCGAGACGUGGCAGGGAUUCGAGGAGGGCAAGGAGCAGAUUGCCGUGGGCACGGCGAAGGCGAGCUUCGACAGCUGGGAGCAGGAACGCCAGAAGGACUUUUUGUCGACCAACCAGCGCAUGGCAGGGCUGCUCAAGGGCUUCUACGCCCACUGA